CCGGAGCCGGCCAGCCCAGCCCAGCCCAGCCUCGUGCAGAGCCCCCUCCGCCCCCGCGCCCAAAGCCCCGCUCCCCUUGUGGUGCGCGGGACGGGGAGCCGGGAGGAGCCGCUGCCGCGCCUGUCGCCCGGGCCGUCCGUUUUCCGCGCGCGCCGCCGCCCGGGCCGGGGGUCCGAGCCGCGCGCCCCCGGCCCCGGCCCCCGGGUUCCUGGGCCGGAUGUCCCGAUGAGAGAGCCGGCGCUGGCAGCCAGCGCCAUGGCUUACCACCCGUUCCACGCGCCACGGCCCGCCGACUUCCCCAUGUCCGCCUUCCUGGCGGCAGCGCAGCCCUCCUUCUUCCCGGCGCUCGCGCUGCCGCCCGGCGCGCUGGCCAAGCCUCUGCCUGACCCGGGCCUGGCGGGGGCGGCGGCCGCGGCCGCGGCUGCAGCAGCGGCGGCCGAGGCGGGGCUGCACGUCUCGGCACUCGGCCCGCACCCGCCCGCCGCGCAUCUGCGCUCGCUCAAGAGCCUGGAGCCUGAGGACGAGGUGGAGGACGACCCCAAGGUGACGCUGGAGGCCAAGGAGCUGUGGGACCAGUUCCACAAGCUGGGCACCGAGAUGGUCAUCACCAAGUCCGGGAGGCGGAUGUUCCCCCCUUUCAAGGUGCGAGUCAGCGGCCUGGACAAGAAGGCCAAGUACAUCCUGCUGAUGGACAUUGUGGCUGCUGAUGAUUGCCGCUACAAGUUCCACAACUCCCGCUGGAUGGUGGCAGGCAAGGCCGACCCAGAGAUGCCCAAACGCAUGUACAUCCACCCGGACAGUCCCGCUACAGGCGAACAGUGGAUGGCCAAGCCGGUGGCCUUCCACAAGCUGAAGCUGACCAACAACAUUUCUGACAAGCACGGCUUUACCAUCCUGAACUCCAUGCAUAAGUACCAACCACGCUUUCACAUCGUGCGAGCAAACGACAUCUUGAAGCUGCCCUACAGCACCUUCCGCACUUAUGUGUUCCCUGAGACCGACUUCAUUGCUGUCACUGCCUACCAGAAUGACAAGAUUACACAGCUGAAGAUCGACAACAACCCUUUUGCCAAGGGCUUCCGGGACACUGGGAAUGGCCGGCGAGAGAAAAGGAAGCAGCUGACGCUGCCGACCCUGCGCUUGUAUGAGGAGCACUGCAAGCCUGAGCGCGACGGUGCGGAGUCGGAUGCUUCCUCUUGCGAUCCUCCUCCCGCUCGGGAACCACCGCCCUCCCCCAGCGCGGCGCCCAGUCCCCUGCGCCUGCACAGGGCCCGAGCGGAGGACAAGCCUUGCGCGGCUGACAGCGACCCAGAGCCCGAGCGGCUGAGCGAGGAGCGUGCCGGCGUGGCGCUAGGCCGCAGCCCGGCUCGGGACAACGCCAGCCCUCCUCGCUUGACCGAACCUGAGCGCGCCCGGGAGCGGCGCAGUCCCGAGAGAGGCAAGGAAACGGCGGAGAGUGGCGGGGACGGCCCAUUUGGUUUGCGGAGCCUGGAGAAGGAGCGCGCCGAAGCCCGGCGGAAGGACGAGGGGCGCAAGGAGGCGAGCGAGGGCAAGGAGCCUGGCUUGGCGCCACUAGUGGUGCAGACAGACAGUGCGUCCCCCCUGGGCGCGGGACACCUGCCCGGCCUGGCCUUCUCCAACCACCUGCACGGUCAGCAGUUCUUUGGGCCAUUGGGAGCCGGCCAGCCACUCUUCCUACACCCAGGACAGUUCGCCAUGGGCCCUGGCGCCUUCUCUGCCAUGGGCAUGGGUCACCUGUUGGCCUCCGUGGCAGGCGGCGGCGGCAAUGGCGGAAGCGCCGGGCCUGGGACUGCAUCCGGGCUGGACGCAGGCGGGCUGGGUCCCGCGGCCAGCGCAGCAAGCACCGCCGCGCCCUUCCCGUUCCACCUCUCUCAGCACAUGCUGGCAUCUCAGGGAAUCCCAAUGCCCACUUUCGGAGGCCUCUUUCCCUACCCAUACACCUACAUGGCGGCGGCAGCCGCAGCUGCCUCGGCUUUGCCUGCCACCAGCGCUGCAGCGGCCGCCGCUGCCGCUGCUGUCCUGUCCCGGAGCCCCUUCCUGGGCAGUGCCCGGCCCCGCCUGCGUUUCAGCCCCUACCAGAUCCCCGUCACCAUCCCGCCUAGCACUAGCCUCCUCACCACUGGGCUGCCAGCCGAGGGGUCCAAGGCUGCAGGUGGCAACAGCCGGGAGCCCAGUCCCCUGCCGGAGCUGGCUCUCCGAAAAGUGGGGGGCUCGUCCCGCAGUGCCCUGUCACCCAGCGGCUCAGCCAAAGAGGCGACCAGUGAACUGCAGAGCAUCCAGAGACUGGUGAGUGGGCUGGAGAGCCAGAGAGCCCUCUCCCCCGGCCGGGAGUCGCCCAAGUGAGGGUGCUGCCGGGCUGCUCCGCUGCCACGCAGGCCUCCGGGGCUGCAUGCCCCUGCUGCUUGGGACCGUACAGCACAGAAUGGGUAUUUAUUUAAAUAAAGGAGCAAAAGCGGGCUGCAGCAGUCAGAAUAGAGCCUCGUCUGGCAAGCCAGGGGCUGGGACACUUCCCUGGGCCUCCAUAGGCAUCGGGCUGCCGGAAACACAGUUGCUUUGGAGCCCCUGGAUUCCAUCCAGAUCUGCUCCAGAGUCAAGGUUACGUCGGCGAGGGCUCUCCGGUGUCCCAGCACUGUGCGGGAGGCCUCACCCAGGGCCCAGUAGAAACCAGAAGGUGCAUGGGCCAAGGGUGGGAGCUGCGAAUGGAACCCUCGACCUUGGUCUUGGGCCUGGACCGCGUGACAAGCUGGGGUGAGGGAUGCUGGAGCCAGUGAAGACCGAAGUCAGUGUAGACGAGUGGGG